AUGGCCGGGAAGAAGCGCGACGCGGUGAGCCUCGCCCCCGAGGGCGAGGAGAGCGCCGCCGCAUCCGGCCCCAGCGUCAAGCGCGGGCCCGGCAGACCGAAGAAGGAUCCCGCCGCCGUUCCCGCCAGCCCCGACUCCAAGCGCGGGCCUGGAAGACCUAAGAAGGUCCCCGACGCGGACUCCGCCGCCGCUGCCGCCAGUCCUGGCUCCAAGCCCGGCCCCGGCAGGCCUAAGAAGGUCCCCGACUCCGACGCCGCGGCCAGCCCCGGCUCCAAGCGCGGGCCAGGAAGGCCUAACAAGGUCCCCGCCCCCGCCCCCGCACCGGAACCGGGGAAAAACGACAAGGGGGAGAAGACGGCGACCCCGAAGAAGGCCAAGGCGGCCACCCCGAAGAAGGAAAAGGAGCGGGAGAAGGCGGAGCCGCCCCAGGAGGAGGGAGGCAAUCUCAAGAAGCAGCAGCAGGCGUCCGGCGGAGCGGCGGCAGUGAAGCCCGCGAAGAAGAAGAAGAAGGGUGGGGAGGCGGCGGAGCCCGGAUCCGGGAAGAAGAAGGGGGGCAAGCGCGGGAAUGAGGAGCUGCCCGGCGAAGGGGAGAAGUCCAUGCCAAAGAAGAAGAAGAAGAAGCAGGAACCCAGCGAAGGGGAGAAGCCCAUGCCAAAGAAGAAGAAGCAGCAGGUGUCCGGCGAAGCCGAGAAGCCCACUCCCAAGAAGAAGAAGCAGCCGGCGUCCGGGGAAGGGGAGAAGGCCACGCCCAAGAAGAAGAAGCAGCAGGCGUCUGGCGAAGCCGAGAAGCCCACUCCCAAGAAGAAGAAGCAGCCGGCGUCUGGGGAAGGGGAGAAGCCCACGCCCAAGAAGAAGCAGGAUUCUGGCGGGGCGGAGAAGACCACACCCAGCAAGGGGAAGGCCGUGCCCACACCCACAAAGAAGCCGCAGGUGGCCGGCAGCGCAGCGAAGACCACACCCAGCAAGGGGAAGCAGAAUGGCAUCAAUGUGGCGAAGAGCGCCAAGAAAAGUCCUGGCAAACCGGAGAAGGCCACACCCAGCAAGAAGCAGCAACCAUCCGACGGGGCGGAGAAGGGCACGCCGAGCAAGAGGAAGCGUGACGACGCAGAAUCCCUGAAGGAGGCUAAGAACGGGAAGAAACAGAAGGCCAAGGCACCGUUGCCGCCUGCCGAGCCGGGCACUUCCAUCUUCCCGAUGUCGCGGGUGCGGCUGCUGAUGCGGGACGAGGACGCAAGCAUCCGCCCUACCAGUGAGACUGUCUUCCUCAUCAGCAAGGCGUCGGAGUUAUUCUUGGAGGCAUUUGCGAAGGACGCUUACCAGAAUGCCGUGAGGGAACAUAAGAAGUCAAUUGGCUAUGAUAACCUUUCUGUGGCAGUGUGCAACCAGAGACGGUAUAAGUUCCUGUCAGAUUUUGUCCCGCUGAGAGUCAGGGUGGGUGAUGCCCUGAAGGCUCCGGCUGUUGACCAAUCUUAAGCAGGUGGUGCCCAGUACUCCAUGAGGGCAUGCUGUGCUAGGUUCUUCUGCAAGGCCGUGUAACGGAGACGUGAACCGCUGAAGCCGCCUGUGGAAGGAGAGUUGUUUGUAUGUUCUGUAUUCUGCCACGCUAUGUUGAGUAGCUGCCUGUAAGAACUUGUCUUAAACCAGGUACUAGUGUUACAGUAGUGCUCCAGGAGGCGCGCUAGUUUCUGCUGCAAGUAGGGAAAUGCCAACUAGCGAAGUUGGUGAGACGUGGAGUUGUUUGUAUCUCAAAUCUCAUCCUGUAGUAGGUUGACUAGCAAUAUGCGAAACAUGUAUCUGAAAGUUCAGACUCAUGCCAAAAGAUGGCCAUACAGGCUAUCUGAAUCUUGUGGUCACUCUGAACAAUGGAAUGGUUGUGACCUGUGUAGCAUAUUUUUUCACGUGAAA